AUGGCUGGGGAUUAUCCUCGACUUGGUCGUUCGGUGGCAGCACCAGAUAAUGCACAACAGAGCAGCAAUGGGACAGAUUCACACCAAGAACAGAGUGACGAUCGGCCUGGAGCACCACCGAUGCGUGAGAAGGAGGCUGAGACGCCGCCUAUACCUGAUGCCACUACAAGCCACACGCAGAAGGAGACAGAAGCCAACGCAGAGGGUUGGCCGGUCCGCAUGGACUCGGAUUUGACCAGGCACGACACCGAAAAUAUCACAACCACCAGGACUAUGACUCUGGACCACCAGCCCAGCGUAACCAAGACGGUCUCGCGCGUGCCCACCGCAAUAAAACCUCCGUCCUUCUCCCCUGCACACGAGAUCCUGUUCAUUGCCGUCGUCAGCUCGGCGCAACUCCUGACCCAGUCGGCCCUCGCGCAGUCCAUUGCACCCCUACAUGUCAUCGGCCGCUCCUUCAACACCACCAACCCGGGCCAGCUGUCGUGGCUUGCUGCAGGCUACUCCCUGACGGUAGGGACGUUCAUUCUCCCCGCCGGGCGAUGGGGGGAUCUGUACGGACACAAGAGGCUCUUCUUGGUCGGCUACUUCUGGUUCGCGCUGUGGUCGAUGAUCGCCGGUUUCGCGGUCUUCUCGCGCUCCCUGAUCUUCUUCGCCUUCUGCCGCGGCAUGCAAGGCAUCGGCCCGGCGAUCUUGCUCCCCAACGGCAUCGCCGUGCUAGCCCGGACUUAUCCUCCCGGAAGGAGGAAGAACAUGGCUCUCAGCAUCUUCGGGGCCACCGCACCCGUGGGGUUUGUCCUCGGCGCCAUUUUCUCGGGCAUCUUCGCCCAGUUCGUCUGGUGGCCUUGGGCGUACUGGGUCUUGGCCAUGGUGCUGGUUGUGAUCGGGGUCUUGGUCUUCUUUGUGGUCCCUCCCAUGCCCGUCGCAGGGCCCUCGGCGUCUUUCCAGGAGCUGGAUGCCACUGGCACCGUGCUUGGCGUGCUGGGUCUGAUGUUCUUCAACUUUGCCUGGAACGAAGGCCCUGCGUCUGGAUGGGGCAAAGUGUAUGUGUAUGUCCUGCUCAUCAUUGGCGUGGUAUUGCUUGUCGCAUUCUUCUGGUUUGAGAAGAAGAGAGCCACGUUCCCGUUGCUGCCCAUGUCGUCCUUCACCAUGGACACGAAUCUCGUUUUUGGCUGCGAAGCACUGGGUUGGAGUUCGUUUGGAGUCUGGGUAUUUUAUCUCUGGCAAUUUCUCGAGCUCGAAAGGGGCCAAUCAAUUUUGCUCUCAGCUGCUCAGAGCAUCCCCACGGCGGUGUCCGGUUGUAUAGCGGCGAUAACCACCGGACUUCUAAUCGCAAGAAUGCAGCCGGGAUGGAUCAUGCUCAUCAGCAUCAGUGCCUUCUUGACAGGAAUGAUCCUGCUUGCCACGAUGCCGGUGCACCAGACUUACUGGGCGCAAACUUUCGUGUCGACCAUCAUUACUCCCUGGGGAAUGGAUAUGUCGUUCCCAUCCGGAAAUAUUGUGCUGUCUGACCAUAUGCCGCCCGAGCAUCAGGGAUUGGCGGCAUCCCUCAUCAACACAGUCAUUAAUUACAGUAUUUCCAUCGGCUUGGGCAUCGCAGGGACUGUCGAAGUUCAUGUGAAUGAAGGUGGUCGUAACCCGCUCCAAGGCUACCGCGGAGCCUGGUAUUUGGCAAUCGGACUUGACGGACUGGGCAUUUUGUGUGCUAUAUGUCUGAUUCUCUCUUGGAGAGCGCAGGUCAAGGGUAAAGAAAAGGUGAACAGUGAAAAGGCGGAUUUGGCGUAG